GGUGGGGUCCCCGGGGCUGUGAGCGACGAUCCCGUCCCCUUCCCCAGCAGCCAUGGCCGGGGUGGUGCGGACCCUGAGCCGCUGCCUGCUGCCGGCCGAAGCCACCAGCCGCGGGGAGCCGCGGCGGGAGGGCAAGGAGCGGAGCCGGGACUCGGAGCGGGAGGCGCGGCGGCGGAGCCGGGAGAUCGACGCGAUGCUGGCCCGGGAGCGGCGGGCCGUGCGCCGCCUGGUCAAGAUCCUGCUGCUGGGCGCCGGCGAGAGCGGCAAGUCCACCUUCCUCAAGCAGAUGCGGAUCAUCCACGGCCGCGAGUUCGACCAGAAGGCGCUGCUGGAGUUCCGGGCCAUCAUCUACGAGAACGUGGUCAAGGGCUGCAAGGUUCUCGUUGAUGCACGGGACAAACUAAGGAUUCCUUGGCAGUACACGGAGAACGAGAAGCAUGGAAUGUUUUUGAUGGCUUUUGAAAACAAAGCUGGAGUGUCUAUAGAGCCUGCCACAUUCCAGUUGUAUGUACCUGCACUGAGUGGACUAUGGAGGGAUUCUGGGAUCAAGGAAGCUUUUAGCCGUCGGAGUGAGUAUCAGCUGGGUGAAUCGGUGAAAUACUUCCUGGAUAACCUGGAUCGGAUUGGCCAGCUGAAUUAUUUCCCCAGCAAACAAGAUAUUUUGUUGGCCAGAAAAGCCACCAAGGGAAUCGUCGAGCAUGAUUUCAUCAUUAAAAAAAUCCCUUUCAAGAUGGUGGAUGUGGGUGGACAGAGGUCUCAGCGUCAGAAGUGGUUCCAGUGCUUUGAUGGGAUAACUUCUAUUUUGUUCAUGGUUUCCUCCAGUGAAUACGACCAGGUUCUCAUGGAAGACAGACGCACAAACAGACUGGUGGAGUCCAUGAACAUCUUUGAGACAAUAGUCAAUAACAAGCUCUUCUUUAAUGUUUCUAUCAUCCUUUUCCUGAACAAAAUGGAUCUCCUUGUAGAGAAGGUAAAGACAGUCAGCAUUAAGAAGUAUUUCUCAGACUUCAAGGGUGAUCCUCACAGGCUAGAUGAUGUUCAGCGUUACUUGGUGCAGUGUUUUGACAGAAAGCGGCGGAACCGCAGUAAGCCACUCUUCCAUCAUUUCACAACUGCCAUAGAUACUGAAAAUAUCCGCUUUGUGUUUCAUGCAGUGAAGGACACAAUCCUUCAAGAGAAUCUGAAGGAUAUUAUGUUGCAGUGAAGAAAAGCACCCCUUGUCGUGUUGAAAUCUACCCGAGGUUAUAAGUCAAAGCUUUUAUUUUAUCUUUUUGGCUCUUGCAUGUGGUUUUAGGACCCAUGCUAUUCACUUGGCUCAGGAAUGCUGAAACUAGCCAGUCAUGGAGGCAGGAGGAGUCAAACAUUGAUGUUAGCUACUGAAUCAUUUGGACGAGUAACACUACUGAAAAAAGUGGCCGUUGUAGGGUUUGACGCCUAGUUUGAAAUGUUGAAUAACACAAUCACCUUCCUAUCUUAGAAAAAUCUAAAUGACAAACUAUGUAAGGAAGACUUUUAGUGAAAACUGUUGUUUUGCAAGGACAGUAACUGUACAGACUGCCUUUCUCUGUAGUUUGGAGGUGCUGAGUUAACCAGUCAAACUAAUGUAAAUUAUAAUGAGGUUGGUAGUUGUACUAGAGAAUAAAUGGCAAUAUAUUAA